AUGACCGCCUCGUCGCAGCGUCCGCCGCCACCACCACCACCGCCCGCCCUCGCCGACCUGCGCUCCAAGGCCCACGACACGCUCGCCUCGCUCCAGCCGGCCCAGUUCUCGGUCCGCGCGUGGAGCCGCGCAGCCCAGACCGCGUUCGACCAUGCCGACCAAGCCUGGCAUCGAGGCCGCACCAACAACGACCACCACCAGGUCGCGUCGGCCUUUCUCGAGUACAAGCGCGCAGCCGGCAUCCUCCAGAUCAUCAUGAAGCACCCGCAGUACAAGGACGUCGUCGCCGCCCGCAGCGACGACUACUUUGCCGUCGCCCGCCUCAAAGAGCUCGUCACCGGCGCCAAGGCGUCCCAGGACCAGGUCGUCGCCUGGCUCGAGCAGCGCGAGGCCACCAUGUCCGACCCGUCGACCGCCACCAAGGCCGACUCGAAUCCCCUCAUCGGCCCUCGCGCCGACGCCUCGAGCUCACGCCCGAGCCCGCACAAGUCGCCCUCGUUCCCGACCGCCACCCUCGCCGACCGCCUCGCCAAACUGCGCGCGUCGGGCAUGCCUGACGUCGUCGAUGCCGCCGUCACCGCGACAUGCAGCCUCCUCGCCUUCUACUGCGCGCACCACGUCGCGACGACAUGACGAGGAGCGAGACGGCAUACCGGUGCGGGUGCGGGUGCAAUACAAAGCGUGUCGAGCUCCUC